UUUCCUUGAGAUAGGAAAAAUGGUUGGCUUAAAGCACAGUAGGGAGCUUCAAGAACUGGCUGGCGAGGGUUCCCUGCAUGCAGGAAUGCAAGAGCCAUCACUUCUUCCAGGGCUCUGCAUUCUGCUGAGCUUGUCAGGCGUCAUGGUUCAGAAGGCCAAAGGUACCCGUUCCCAGUGUCCCCAGAAUGCUUUCUGUGUCAAUGGCACUUACUGUACCUGCAACCCUGGAUACACUUCGCAAUCUGGGAAUAAAUUCUUCACGAACCCCUUGGAGCAAUGUCAAGAUACGGAUGAAUGUAAACCACCCAUUAGUAUAUAUUGUGGAGCAAAUGCUGAAUGUCAGAAUGUUGAAGGAAGUUUCUACUGUCUCUGUGACCCUGGAUAUAAACUCCUCUCUGGGGAUGCAGAAUUCAAGAAUUCUAAUGAGAACACUUGUCAGAGCAAGUGGAAGAGGGGCUCAUGGACAGUGCUGGAGAGGGGAACUUUGGACGGAGGAGAGAAAACACUAGCUCUUGGAGAGUGGAGUGUAGAGUGGUGGACUUGGAGUUUUUGCAGCAUUGUUGGCUUCUGGAAUAUUUGGUUGUAG